UUAAAACGAAUUAUUAUUUGGCACGCCAAGACACGAAGGAACCCCCUUUAGUGUCAGUGUUCUCAUCUGACCAAAUCGAUCGCGAUGAGCUAAGCAGACUGCUAAAAGCUUCUCGCAGACAACGACACAGCUCUUUUGUCUGCUCUCCUUCUGAUCUCUCCGUCCCCCUCUAAUGGCGAUCGCAGCUGCUACUUCACUCCCCCUCGUUCCUUAUUGUGGUGCAUGUCAUGCAGAGGGGGUCUGUUGCUCAACAUCAUAUUGGAUAACAAACAGCUGCCUCAUACCUUCUUUUGAUCGUCGUAGAGUUCCCGGUCCUGCUGGCAUAAGAUGCAAGAUUCCAUUUUUUGGAUCAACUCAAUUCCAUUGGCUGUCUUCAGGACAUGAUCUUUGUCUUUCAAAAGUUUCAGUUGCUGCUGACUACCCAGAUUCUGUUCCUGAUUCUUCUAGUUACACCAGUGACAGAGCUUACCAUCCUCUUGAAGAUCUAAAAGUUUCCAGAAGAAUCCGCUACACUAAACUUAGUUCAGCUGAAACUGCAAGAACCACAGUCGAGGCUAACAACUUUGCUUUGCUGGUCUUUCCUGGGAUGGUACAUUGUGAACCGCAUGAACAAAUUUCAUGGGCUGAAUUUCAGUAUGUUAUCGAUGACUACGGAGAUAUAUAUUUUGAAAUUUUUGAUGAUGCAAACAUCUUAGAAGAUCGUGGAGCAAGUAAUCCUGUGAAUGUGUUGAUUGGAAUGGAGAUUCCAAUAUAUAAGAACAGAAACAAAGCUGCUGCACACAACAUUUCUAUUGAAGAAGGCUUUUUUGACGAUGAGGUUGUGGAUUCUGAAGGGCCUGAUAUUCCAGUGGACUGGGGAAUGCUAGAUACUUCUAGCUUGGUCCACCCUAUUUAUUUUGCUAAAUGCUUGACGAUGGCCUCUAGUAUGGAGUACAAUAAAAAAAUGGAUGAUCCGUCAAAUGGUGUUUCCAUUGUGGGCUGCCUCAGACCUGCUUUUGCUGAUGAAGAAUCAUAUAUUAGAACACUGUUUCAUUGUGUAGAUAGUGAUGGAUACAGCUCAGACUGGAAAGAUGAAGAAUUCUCGAGCUUGAAUUCUGAAAGUGAUCAAGUCAACACUGGCUCAACUUUGUACAGGCUGGAGAUGAUGAGAAUAGAGCUAUUCUCUGUGUAUGGUGUCCAGUCUGAAGUUAGCUUGCAAGAUUUUCUAGAUGCUGAGCCUGAUGUUCUUGCACAUUCUACUCCAGCAAUUGUAGAGCGGUUUGGCGAGAUGGGUAUUAGUUGCAAUGUUGCUCUUAAAGCUCUUUGCAAAAAGAAGGGUCUGGAUGUUGAGUCAGCUCAUUUGAUUGGGGUUGACAGUCUGGGCAUGGAUGUUAGGGUUUUCUCUGGGGUGGAAGUACAAACACAUCGUUUUCCUUUCAAAGUCAAGGCGACUUCUGAAGUUGCAGCCGAGAAGCAGAUUCAGCAACUUCUGUUUCCCCGUUCUCGCCGCAAAAAAUUAAGAAAUCAUGUGGUUGGACUUCGGGAUAUGGAUUCGUAUUAAACUCAGCUGUUUUUAGGAUCAGUCUUUAAGAUAAUGUCAGGCUUAACUUAUCUAGGAGCUCUCUCUCUAACCGUAGCCUGUGCCCUGAAAACUUAAUGUUCUUUUUGUUUCUUGGACUAAUGCUUUUGCAUAUUGAGUUUGUAAUGUACAGAACGGUUGUGCCCCCUCCCCCCAUCCUCUUUGUUCCCCACCAAAUCCUCCAUCAGUUUUAUCUGUCAGAAUAAGAAUUUUAUUCCUUUCUUUUUCCAAGUCCUAUUAUACGGACUGAUUGCAGUAUAUCAAUAAAUGAUGGCUGGCUGAGCCUUCUCUCUCUA